UCUGUCACCGGAAGUUCUUGUCCAUCCCGAGGAGGAGGAAACGUGUUUUUCGGAAGAGGUUCUGUUUAGUGCAAUGAAAGCUUCCUUCGUUUCUUUUAUUUAAACCCAAAGAUGGCGCCAUAUGUUUAGGAGAGCAAGAGUGAGUUGACAAAAAAUAAAGCGUGUGUACGUUCGGUACUGGGUAAGCUAACUUUUAAAACACGAUUUGAAAAAAUCAGAUGAUCAUACCGAACACAGAUAGUUCUGGAAAAAUAAUACAGAGGAUUUCUGACACAUCUGGAAAACUGCAGAUGCCAGCAAUGCCGGCUGGGACAGGCUGCGGAUCCCUGGUGCAGAGGUUCUAUGCUCUCCAGGCUGAGCGAGUGGAGGCCUACAGGCUUUUUGAAGAGGGCCACGAGGCGUACCUCCGGACGGCGCCGCACUAUGAUUUCCAGCGCUACCGGCAGCUGGUGCACGAGAUCACGCUGGCGUUCAGCGGCAUCUCCAAGGAGCUGAUUGAGAUGAAGGAGCGCCUGCACGAGGAGUGCGAGCGGCCAGACCUGUCGGAGCACAUCGAGAAGCUGCAGGAGAAGGAGAGGCACAAGCUGGAGCUGACUGCCAAGCUGCAGCUUGCGAAGCAGAAUGUCGUGGAUCAUCCGGAAGACGAGAGCGGGCCAGAGCUGGUGCAGGAACUCAGGCAGAAGAUAAUUAAAACAGUGGAAGCGAUCAGUGAAAUCCUCCAGGACUUCAAGUACGAUUCCGAGGAGCUGGCGUGACGUUCCGCGGAAGUGUUUGUGAGCGAGGCGAGAGAGGAUCGUCCUGGACUGACGUUGACAGAGAUCGAUGGGCUGCACUGUCUUCGCUUUUCUUCUUGUUUUUUGUAUCUAUUGAUUUUAUUCCUGCUCCAGUUUUCUCUGUGUGCACUUGACCUGUCUGCGGCACUAAAUGUCAGAUGCCUUUAUUAAAGCAGAGCUCUAGUGUUCUUGGUGAGAAUUAUGUAGUUGCUGAAGGACACCUAAGGUUUCCACGAUGAAGAAGCGAGAUGGACUGAUUUCCCUCCCACCCUCCCAGGUUAUACUGUUCAGAUGCAUAGGGUUGCAUUCUCAAAGCUACUUGCUUCAAAUUGUCAGGUUAGUUCAAUGAAAUCGUGUUUACUCCACAUUUUGUUUCAGAAAGGAGAAACGCACGCAGUAAGGUUACCAAACCAGAAACAACUAAGGUUUUUAACUUUGAAACUUGUAAGUGGUCUUUAAGUUGUUUGUUAAUCGUUUUGAGAACUGUAUUUAUUAUUAUUUUUUUUCAUAUGAAAUUAGCUCUAAUGAUGAAUUGUAGUAAACACCUUUGAGAAUCUAGCCCAGGAGUAGCCAAAGCUGUCCCUUCCAUUCCUGGUCGUUGUUCCAACCCAGUUUGAAACUGUUUACCAGUUCAAACUCCAGCCAGACCCUGCAGGAGUUCAUGAUCUCAUUGCAUCUGUCAAACCUGCAGUGGAAUGAGCCUCCAGGGCUGUGAUUGGACACAUCUGAUCUAGCUCAUACUGUGCUCAAACUGCUCAUCCAAAAAACAAACAAGAUGGGUUCUCUAUUGACACCAGACCAUGCACCUGGUUCUCGGUCACUCCAACAUCAAGCUACAUCUGCGUCUCAGAAACCACAAGGCACGUGAUUUGAUUUUAAUUUUUAUUUGUUUAUUGAUAACUGCACAAAAAUGCUUAGGUUUCCAUCAGCCUUAAGCUAUCCAGCACAGAAUAAAAAAAAAUCACAAAUCUCUUGA